UGAUGUAAGUAGGUCGCCAAAGCAGCGGGUUUGGGCCUAGAUAUUGAACCGAAGCAGCCUCGGGCUCGGAGUUUCAGGCGCUCGCCGAGACAGCGUGUCAACAGCUGGGAGCCGUGCGGCGGUGACACAUCUGGACUGGUGCUGCUAAAAAGGGCUAUUGGAAGGAGACACAAUGGUGCCACACAAAGCCAGCCUGCCCGAGACCAUGGACAAGAUCGACAUGUCCCUGGAUGAUAUCAUCAAACUGAACAAGCAGGAGCAAAAGAGAACCUUUAAUGGAAGAUCACAGUUCAGUCCUUACCCGCAGUUUAAAAACUGGGGUAGAUUCGGAGCUCGGCAUUAUUCAGUGGCUGGCAGCAACGUUAGGGCUCCUGGUUUGAAGCGACGACCAUAUGGCGUCAAAACCGGACUGGCAGUAAGAAAGAUGGCGUCUUGGAAUGGUUUCAGCUCCAUGAGUCGCCUUCCACUCGGUGUGAGGAAUUCAUCGGGUCACCCGCUGCCAUUUAGAAGGAGAAUGAAUUAUUUAAGUCCGCCAGACUUCGAGAAUAAACCUGUAUCUUCUCUACAAAGGUAUUACUAUAGUAGCAAUUAUACCCAAACUAACACUUUUAGAAGUGGAUUCAGAAUGAACCAUCAAAGAGAAAGUCGACAGGCCACAUUCUUCUUCAGACGAGGAUUGAAGGUCCAAACUCAGAUGGACAGGGAUCAGCAUAUAGACUUGCAAGAUAUAAACAGUACACACCCAUGGAGAACAUCUAUGAGCAGUGGAGGAAUUCUCACUGUGUCUAUUGAUAACCCAACAGCUGCACCAUUACCUAUAAGCUCUUUGGGAACAAGGACGCCUCGACCGCAGCUCCCUUUCCUGUUGAAAAAGGAAGGCGCAGAAGCAAAAAUUCCCAAAGGUGUUCCUCUAGAUUUUGAUAUAAACAGUGUUGCAAAACAGACUGGAAUAACAUUAAAUGAACGCUUUAAGAUCCUGAAGGAGCAAAGAUUAUCACAGACGCUCGGCAAAGGCAGCAGAUUUGUCACCGUGGGAUGAGUCUUACACAAUGCAUAGGGCUGUUUGUGUUUCUGUUCCAUUUUGUUUCUCCACUUUGACUAACAAAUUGCAGAGGAAAAAGGUCUUCAGUGGCACCACACAACCUUGUUUUGAAUUUUGAGAAAGCUAAAGUGGACAACCCUUUUUUGUAUUGUUUUUACUGUGAAACUCCUGUAAGGGGACCAUUUAAAUAUAGAAAGGCGAUUUGUAGCUUGAAAUUGUUCAAGCACUGUUCUGUACAAAGCCGAUGUUACAGAGCCAAGAUACCAGUACAUUUACUAUUUUUUUAUUUUCUCUUGGCAGGUUUGUUUCCAAAUUACAAAUUCAAACCGUUGGGUUUUUUUUUUUCCACAUGUAUGUUCUUGUACAGUUUUAUUGUACAAUUUUAUUUAUGCUUUACUUACCCCUCUGGAUCCUGAAUGUCCUUUCUGAGCGGAGUGAUCAGAAUUUCCCAGUGCAGCGCAUGAGGGUCAGUAGUUGUGAAAAUAUUCUUGCCAGUGUAAUGGCCUGCGUCACAAGCAAUGAAUGUGGACUGCAUACAUUUUAAGCAGCUGCAUCAUUUUUUUGGUACUUGAAAAGUAACAGUACAUUGCUGGGCUCAAUCUGAAUAUAGUGUUUUUUUUGUUUGUUUUUUUAACUCUUUACAGUUGUCCCUGUUUUGUUUCCCCUACCCCAUCUAUGUGGAUGGACCACUAAAUCUGUUUUGCUUACAGAUGACACUGGCAUACAUAGAUAAUCAAGAUCAGGUUUUCUAGACAAAAUAUGAGCCAAGUUUAAAACAUUUAAAAAAUAAAUAAAUAAAUAAAAAAAAUGUUGCAGAUCUCAACAAAUAUAGAUAAUAAUGGUGUUUUGAUGAUCUUUUCAGAUUCAGGUAACUGAUCAGUGGGGCAACAUUUUUAUAUUUAAAUUGCAUAUUGAAUAUAAAGGUUCCGUAAAGACUAACUUUACGGGCUCAUGAACAUAAAGUAUGUCUCUCUAAACAAUCUUUUUGCUACAGUUCUGCUGUUAAUGCUGUUAAUUAAACAAUGUUGUUUACCUUACUUUUUUCAUAAUAAAAAGUUCUGCAUUCUU